AUGGCGCAGGGCGAUUAUAUUGAUCUUCACCGCAAGAGGUUUGGGCGCCGUUUUGAUUACUACGAGCGACUUCGCAAGCGUGUAGCGCGUGAGGGCAAGAACAAAGCGUUAAAAGCGAAAACCCUUAAGGGUAUUAAAGCGAAGUUGUACCAUGAGAAGCAGCGUAAAGAGAAAGCUGCUCUUAAGCGAUCGUUAUCAGUCAAUAAGGAGAGUAAAGUUGACCAGAAAGUAAGUAACAACGACCACGUUGGAGCUAUCCCGUCUUAUUUGAUGGAUAGGACACAAGUCUCUAAGGCGAAAAUCUUGAGUAACAUGUUGAAGCAAAAGCGUAAAGAGAAGGCGGGGAAGUGGGAGGUCCCAUUACCGAAAGUGAAGCCGAUCAGUGAGGCGGAGGUCUUUAAGGUCUACAAAAGCGGGAAGAGACAGAACAAAUCGUGGAAAAGACUUGUCACAAAGGCCACAUUUGUGGGAGAAAAUUUCACACGUAAACCCCCUAAAUAUGAAAGAUUCAUUAGACCAGCAGCUAUGAGAUUCACUAAGGCCCACGUCACUCACCCGGAACUCAAAGCAACGUUCUGUAUGAAAAUUUUGGGGGUGAAGAAAAAUCCACAAAGUCCGUUGUAUACGACUUUGGGAAUCAUGACUAAAGGAUCAAUUAUAGAAGUCGACGUCUCAGAAUUGGGUCUCGUCACUGCUACCGGUAAAGUCGUCUGGGGAAAAUAUGCACAAAUCACUAAUAACCCCGAGAAUGAUGGGUGCGUGAACGCUGUGCUCUUGGUGUGA